UCGAUGCUGAUAGAUAUGUCGUCGAAAGGGAAGGGGAAGGAGGUUGUUUAUGGGAAACGGAAGGUCAGCGCCGGAAGAAGCGGUGGCGGGAAGGAGGAGAGCCGUAAACGGCGGAACCGGGGAGUCCUUCAGUUCUUUGAAGACUCUGCUGAGGUUGAUGAUAGUGACGCCAGCGAUUCCGAUGAUUACUUUUUGGAAGAAGAACCAGAUCUUAAUGUAAAUAACAAUCCUUGGAAAGCCCCCAACCUUCCAUUUGUUCCCAAGGAAGAGGUGAUCGAGGAAGAGUUUGACAAAAUGAUGGAGGAAAGGUACAGGGAUGGUGCAAGGUUCACGACGUUCGAUGAGGAUUAUGAAGCCAAGGGAUCAAUUGAAAAAAACUCUACUGUGCCUCCAGCCAAGGAUCCUAUUAUAUGGAAAAUUAAAUGUGUGGUUGGACGUGAAAGACAUUCGACUUUCUGUCUCAUGCAGAAGUUUAUUGACAUGAAAUCACUAGGAACAAAGUUACAGAUAAUAUCAGCAUUCUCUGUUGAUCACGUCAAGGGUUUUUUCUAUAUUGAAGCUGAUAAACAAUGUGAUAUUAAUGAGGGAUGCAAAGGACUAACUUACAUUUAUGCUUCACGAGUAGCGCCAGUGCCAAGCAAUGAAGUUUACCAUUUGCUCAAUGUCAGAACUAAACGUAGUGAAAUCUCUAAAGGCAUGUGGGCUCGGGUAAAAAAUGGAAAGUAUAAAGGGGACCUUGCCCAGGUUGUUGCUGUAAUCAAUGAAAAGAAAAGAGCAACUGUAAAGCUCAUUCCAAGAGUUGAUCUGCAGGCGUUGGCUGCAAAAUUUGGUGCUGGAAUUUCCAUCAAUAGAACUGUUACAUCAGCACCGAAAUUGAUAAGUACAAUUGAGCUAGAGGAGUUUCGACCUCUAAUUCAGUUUAGACGUGACCGCGAUACAGGCAUUGGUUUUCAGAUACUUGAUGGCAUGAUGUUUAAGGAUGGAUAUCUGUAUAAAAGAGUAUCUAUAGAUUCCUUAAGCUGCUGGGGUAUUAUGCCUACGGAGGAGGAGCUCCUAAAGUUCAGUAGUUCUGAUAAUAAUGAAACUGAUGAUCUUGAGUGGCUGUCACAACUUUACGGUGAAAAGAAGAAAAAGAAGACCAUUACAAAUGAAAAAGGAGGUGAGAAGGGAGAAGGCUCAUCAGGGUUUAGCUUGGAGGAUGGCUUUGAACUGUAUAAUCUUGUCUGUUUCAGUCGGAAGGAUUUUGGGCUUAUUGUUGGCAUGGAGAAAGAUGAUCGUUACAAGAUUUUAAAAGAGGCUCCAGAAGGACCUGCUGUAGUGACUGUUGAGAAGCGUGAGUUAAAGAGUGGGCCUUUGGAUAUGAAGUUCACUGCACUAGAUAAGCACUCAAAGACUAUAUCCAUAAAUGACACUGUUAAAGUCUUGGAAGGUCAAUAUGAGGGUAAACAAGGGAUUGUAAAACAAAUCUACAGAGGGACCAUAUUUUUGUAUGAUGAGAACGAGUCAGAGAAUGGUGGUUUUUUCUGUUGUAAAUCACCAAUGUGUGAGAAAAUCAAACAACAUUUAGAUAAAUGUAACGAGAAGGUUGGUGGUGAUCCUGGUGGUACUUCAGAUUUUGGGGAUUUUGUAUCAUCUCCCAAGUCCCCAGUAUCGCCUGAAAAGCCUUGGCAGUCUCAAGAGAGGGAGACUAAGAGUGACUUCAACAGCGGGAACAGAGAUGGGAUGUUCUCCAUUGGUCAAACAUUAAGAAUACGAGUGGGCCCUUUGAAAGGGUACCUUUGCCGUGUCUUAGCUGUAUAUCGUUCAGAUGUUACGGUAAAACUGGAUUCCAAGCAGAAGGUUCUUAAAGUUAAAAAUGAGCACCUUGCUGAAGUUCAAGGGAACAGGAGCACUGCUGCAAAUACAAAUGAGCAUGAUGGAUCAAGUUCACUCAAACCAUUUGAUCUUCUGGGAUCGGAACCUUCCACUGGAGAUUGGUUGAAUGGUGCAGGAACUUCGGCAGAGGGUGGUGGGUGGAAUUCUGAGAGGAGCUCAUGGCCUAGUUUCUCUGGCAAUGCGCAGAGGGGAACUGGGGACGGUGAUCAGAAGAGAGAUGGUGAAGACUCUGCAUGGGAGACAAAGGUGACUCCAAACCAGAAUUCAUCUUGGGGUGCAACAGUUCCUUCUGAGGAUAAUGAUAAAAGAACAGAUGUUGUACCUACUGCUUGGGAAAAUAACACGAGUACACAGCAAAAUUCAGCUUGGGCUACAGGUGGCAGUGAUCAAAAUGUUAGUUCGGGGAGUUGGAAUAACUCUGCCGCCAAGAUCAACUCUGGUGGUGGUACAUCUGAUACUUGGGGUAAAACCACCUCUAUUGGAGAUCCUUCGGGUGUCUUAAAAGAUGCCGGUAAUGACGGUUGGAAAAAGACAGAGAUUUGGGAUAGAGGAAAGAAUGACACCCAGGGCUCGUCUGGUGCAUGGGAUAAAGGUAACGUAGUGGCUGAAGCAGGAUCAUGGGGUAAGAAGGAAAAGUCAAGUGUUAAUGAGGGCCUUGGGAACAAUAAUGAUGCAGGGUCAAAUCAGCAGGGAAGUUGGAACAAAAAGAAUGAUGCUAGUGUCGAUGAAGAUAAUUCUUGGGGUAAAGCUGCAGAGAAGUGGAACGAUAAAGACGGUAUUGGUGGAAGCAAGGGAAGUCGGGGUAGUUCAAAACCUGCUGCAGAUGAUGCCAAAGGAGCUUGGGGAAGUGCCGGCAAUGCUGAUGAAUCAGGUGGCUGGAAGAAAGCAAAUGAUUUGAGUGGGGAUCAAGCCACAGGCUGGGGCAUCAAGAAAGAUACAAGUGAAUGUGCAGCAGGUGGGUGGACUAAAGAUGGAUUGCAGAAUCAGUCAGACGGUUGGAAUAAAGAAAAGGUUGCUGAUGUUGGAACUUCUUGGGGCAAACAACCUGAGGGUUCUUCAUGGGGUGGUUUGAACACCAAAACUGGUGAUGGAGCUAGCCAGGAUGCCGGCCAAGACUCUGGUUGGAGCAAAAGGGGUACUUGGAACACUUGUUCUGGUGGUGCGAAUCAGGAUCGUGGUUGGGCUAAGAAAAAUGAUUUGGACUUUGAAUCGGGUGAUGCAACCAAAGAUUCUACUUGGGGAAAGAAAAGGGAAUGGAACUCGGGAUCUACUGUUGCAAAUCAGGAGUCAAAGAAAAACAAUUGGGGUUCUGGCACUAGUGAUUCUGGCCCAGACUCUGGUUGGGGCAAAGGGGGCAGUUGGAACUCUGGUUCUGGUAAUGCAAACCAGGAUUCUGCAUGGGCUAGGAAAAGUGAUUCGGAUUUUGCUUCUGGUGAUGCAACCAAUGAUUCUGGUUGGGUGAAGAAAGCCUCAGCAGGUGCAAGUCAGGAUUCAAACUGGGGUAAGAAAAGUAGUUGGUGUGCUGGAACUGAUUCUGGACAAGACGCAGGCUGGGGAGAAAAAGGUGGUUGGAAACCCGGUUACAGUAGUGCAGGUGAGGAUUCAGGGUGGGGCAAGAAAAGCAAUUGGAAUUCAGAAUCUGGGGAUGCAAACCAGGAUUCUGGUUGGAAACCCAAAAACGAUUGGAAGUCUGGAAGUGGAAAUGAUGAACAAAAUGAGCCUUAUAGUGGUAGGGGUGGUGGAAAUUGGAGGGGAGGUUUUGGUGGUAGAGAUGGUUCAGGUAGAGGAUUUAGAGGUAGGGGGGAUUCAGACGGAGGAGGUUUUAGGGGUAGAGGUAGAUCAGAUAGAGGACGGGGCAGAUCUGACAGAGGAGGUUUUGGUGGUAGAGGUGGUGAUGGUGGAGGUAGGGGUGAUCGAGGUGGCUAUGGAGGUCGAGGUGGCGGUAGAGGUGGGUUCAGAGGUAGAGGUGGUGAUAGGGGAGGCUAUGGAGGUAGAGGUGGUGAUAGGGGAGGCUUUGGAGGUAGAGGACGUGGAAGGAGGGAUCAAAAUGGGGAUUGGAACAAUGGUGGUGAUUCUGGUGAAAAUAAAUCUUUUGGUUGGAACAAAGAGGGCAACCAGGGCUGGAGUGGUGGAACUAAUGCUAAGACUUGGAGCCAACCCAAUGCUGAUCAGGGAGGCCAAUCCUCCGGUUCGAAUAAAUCUGGUGGCUGGACCAAAGAGGAAAACCAGGGCUGGAAUAGUGGAACGAGUGACAGUGGUGCUAAGACAUGGGGUCAGUCCAAUGCUGAUCAGGGAGGCCAGUCAUCCAGCUGGAAUCAAUCUGGUGGGUGGAAUAAAGGCUAUGGUUCAACUACUGAAGCAAUAGGGAAUCAAAAUAACAAUUGGAAGUCAUCCAAUUACUCUGAUGGGAACAAAUGGUCUAGCCAGAACCAGUCUACCAGCAAUGAAGUCAAAGAAAGUACCAAUCAAGGACAUGGCUGGGAAAAAAGUUCAACUACUGCUGCUGGAGGAUGGGGUAAUAACCAAGCAUCCGGAGAUCACGUUAAACCAAAACCUGCUGAUGAAGGCCCAUCUUUGGGUUGGAGCAAGUCGAAAGAUGGCAGAAGUUCUUGGGGGCAAGGGAGUGGUGGUAGACUGGGAGCAUGGUAAUUUUUCUUCCCAUUGAAGUUAUUUAGUGCUGUAGAUAUUUUGUUUAGUGCUGUUUCUGCUGUGUAGACCGGGAAAGAGGCAUGGUUUUGCUUUCAGGCUGGUUAUAGGAAAGACAUUUACCGUUUAGUGGGAACUGCAACACCUUUAUAAUGUUUCCUUUUGAAGUUAGUAAUGCUACUAUCAUGUAGUGCUCAUUAACUACAUUGGGCAUAAAAAUGAAUUGAUGUUUGCUCAUUAACCACAUGAAUGUCAAGACUUUGGUUUUCA